UCAGUGUUCCGUCAUCGCUGUUCGUGGGGUGUCCUGUGGCUGGUCGAGAGGGCAAGGGCCGGCGAUUGAGCCGCCAGGAGAGUUACAGAGGAGAGGAGCAGUCCUCUGCGACGGGAGUCGUGAGAUAGGGGAGUCGAGGAGUCGUCUGAGAGAACUGCAGAGGACCACCAAGUCAGCAGACUCGCAAUCUUCGGUUGUUCGUGGACUCCACCCCUUAUCCGGGACGGGUAAUAUCCCCGUACCCUUCUUCAACCACAUCUCUCCACUGGGGACGAACCUCACCAAGCCAAGCCCACGGAUCCCCAAUGAAGGCCUCCAAGAGUCGGAGCGAGGCGAGCCUGGCGCCAGCGCCGGCACAGUACGCCUCCACCCCACACCUCUUCGUCUUCCAAAGUAACGACGAUGCGGCGGUGCUGCGCAAACCGGAGCCGAUCUACCAGUCGGCGGCUGACAUCAGGGCCGGGCGGCGCCUCUCGGCCGCGCAGACCAUCUCGGAGAAGUACGACUCCUAUCACAGUCUGGCCAGGGAUGAUGAGCCGCUAGCUGUUGAUGAGGCGGACGUGGCGCAGAUUGAGGCCUUCUUCGCCGGACAUAAGACGCAGGUGAUCGUUUGCCGAGCGCUGGCCAACAUGUACCUCAGCUCCGAGUCCAACUCGUGGGAGCUCAAAUACACCGGCAUCCCUGCACUCGUCGUCGACUCUGGCAACACGCGCAGCCGAGGACGACGGCAGGUUCAGCUCGUCCUCGCCGAGAAGGGCACCAGCUUCAUGCUCUGGCGUGAUCUGGUGGACUCCAUGUCCUCCUACUCAUCUCCUGACCCCAGUUUCCAUACGAUGCACCUCUCCACCGAUCGUCGACAGCGGGUUGGACUGAGCUUUGACGAUGUGGAAGCAGCCAGAGCGUUUCAGACGCAGCUGACAGCCAUCUGCGCCGAAGGAGACGCGACUGCGACGACUCCGGCGCAGCGGAAACGGAGGAAGAAGGAGGGACGGCCGGCGCGGCCACGUAAGGAGGACAUCUCGCAGCCCUGCUGCUUCCAGCACGUGAACAGCGUGACUCUGAGGGACAUGGACCGGUUCUAUACGCUGCAGAGCCUCAUCGGCAGCAGGGUCACGUGAUCGGACACCCUCAGCGACCACCGGGUCACAUGAAUGGACCUGCACCUCAGCAGUCCAGUCACGUGAUCGCCGGAAUUCAUCAACGUCGGGUCAUGUGAUGUUAACUCGUGCCGGCAGCCCCGUCACGUGCUCAACGGGCCCCAUCGUUUUCCGAACCACGUGACUGAAUAUCUCACAUAGACACCGUGUCACGUGACCCCGGCUGGGUCAUGUUUCGGCCGUGCUGAUGGCUGCUUUCCCCGGCGUGGCAGUGACCUGUGCGGUGUCUCCGGCCGGAACUGUGCUAGCCCGCACCGGUGGCCCCCGGCGCCGGGAUGAGAUUCAUUUGUAUUCAGCGUGCGAGUGUGUCUUGUCAGCACAAGGAUCGCAUAGGCGGUGGUCUUCGAAAUGCAAAGUGCCGAAAGAAGGAUGGGUAUGGGACAGACGCUCACACAAACAGGGUGAUUUGGUGGGCGCCGCUGAAGGACAAAAGGCGAGCAUUAAGUGCGUGUUUUAUCGAGAAUGGUGUGCGCAACAGCUGCUGUGACGUUUUAAUGUGACGUGAGCUUGUGACGCGAGCCGUCACACAGGAAUCACACCAGGCAGCGUCACAUAACGUGUGACUCUGUUUUGGUGACGACUCCGGCGCCUGAUUUGCGAUACAGCUGCGUAAAAAGUGAGCGUGCGAUCCAAUCUGAUGUGUGUGAUACCGUGUUUAAACCCGUGACAACGAGUCAGCGUGUGUGCUGUCGUGAGACCUUCGCGACUUUUGGUGUGUCAUUCUCAUUACCUUACGACGCUGUGGUUCAAGCACGUAUCAAUCGUUGACCUUGGCCUGACCUGAGAGUCCUUAUGUCCGAGUGGGUUGUGAUCGCUCUCGGAUGACCCCGAGGCGUGACCUUGUGACCUUUCGGUGCUUUGACGGGCUCGCUGGACACCGGCCUGAUAAAUGACCCUCACGACUGAACGGCCAUUGUGCGACCGGCCGGGCUGCGUUCAAAGUCGCACCAGCCGGUUGAAUGACCUCCCGGCCCGGUCCGGCCCGGUCCGUGGGGUGUGGGAAAGAAGUGAAAUGUGUACUAGUCAAACAGCUGCUGGUGACCGUCGGGUGGCUAAGGGUCGCAUCACAGCGGAGGGUCGCCUGCGCCUGAAUAUUCAUAACCAUGGUUGUUUACUGAUACAGCUGUUUGCGGAAAGCGCAGUGUACGUUCGUGAAUCGUUACAUGCCACCUAGCUGGAGAAUAAAGCCAGUGACAAUACGGAAAAUGUUUACUUACUGGGAUCUGAUAAAAAUAAACUACCAUUUUCUUUGCUCACGGGCCUCGCAAGUGUAUGUUGUGCAUUUUUUAACAGCAUUCAUGCAUUGAAUAGCCAUAGACGAGUCAGAGCUGCCUAUGUAAGUCACCAGCAUCAUUUAAUUCAUUCACUUAACGAGUAGACUCCCAUGCAGAGAGCUUAUCAUGACCCGUCGCAGACAGUCACGGCGAAGCACGAUUUGCGAUUUAUUCGGCACACUGCCUCCAUGUGGGGCUUGUUUGAAUAAACGAAACGUCAUUGGUAUGCUGGGGACCGUUAGUCGCGCUGGCAGACAAGCCUGGCUACGGGACCCAUGCUGAGACACACUAGCGGGUCAUUCAGCUUUCGAGGGUUCAGAAUAGGAUGGGACUGAUGGGGACGGGAAAAUGUCACCGGAUAUGCGUAAUUUCCUGCCUAGCAUAUCGCAGUUAGGAAUAUGAGCAGAAGUGAACGGCCCUUGUCAAUCUGUCCGUCCAGAACUCCGAUCCGUAGAGUGUCUGUGUCGGUAAAGGCAUUCGUGGUGCAUUGAGCCUGGGUAUCAGAUAAAAUGUUCAUUAUAAUAACAUGUUGAUUGUUAAUCAACAAAAGCGAUAUCACA